AUGGCGGAUGACAAGAGUGAGGCAAUUAUCAUCGUGACGUCCAUCUCUCUAGGGCUAUCCUUGCUUGCAGUCAGCCUUGGAUGCUACGUCCGACUGCAUCUCAUCCGGGCUUUUGGCGCGGAUGACUAUAUGAUGAUCCUUGCAAUGGCAUUCAAUCUUGCAUUCGCUAUCCGUGGCAUUGCCGGCGGCUCAACAGGGCUGGGAAAGAAGAUAGAGUAUUUUGCGGACAAACCGAACAACAUGAGAGACUCGCUGCGUUUCUGGUGGGUUAGCCAGGUAUUCUACUCUCUGACGGGCACCGCUGGCAGGGCUUCCGUUGCAAUUUCACUUCUGCGUAUCACCAUCGUUCGUUGCCUUGACAAAGACUUGCUUCUCGGCAUCGUCUAUACCCAUAGUGUGAUUGUUGCUCUGUGUGACCUCACCCUGGGUAUUCUACCCAUUUUCAUGAUCUGGAGGCUACAAAUGAAUAGACGUUUGAAAAUGUUUCUCGGAGGCAUUCUUGGAUUGGGUUGUUUGGCGGGCGCUGCGAUUGUGGUUCAUGGCACCGCCACCCUCUUUAUCUUAGCGAAUAUCGAAGCCGUCCUCGGAAUCACGGCUGGCUAUCUGUCAACCCUUCGACCCCUUGUGCGAAGGCUGCGCGACGGCAGUUCCAAUCCGAGUCAAGGAAGAAACACGGGGUCAGCCAUCCACUUGUCCCGGUCACUUCUUGCCCGCAAAGAGAGGCAAAAGCUGUCCAGCCACGAAUCUGGCACUCGCUGGGCAGAUAUUCCGAAUGAUGGAUAUAAGAACAUCACCAACACGACUACAAUCCAAGGUAGCCGUGCGGGGAGUCUCUCCUCAAGAUAUCUGCCACCAACGGUGACGGUGCAGACCACCUUUGAGGUAUCUGUGGCGGAGCACCAGCCAUGA